AUGCCCACAGAGAAUAUGUCAGAGGGCACGGUUAUCAGGCGCUUUUUGGAUAGGGAAUUCGCCUGGUCGCUAACCCGGUUACUGUCGGGUUUUAGCUUUUCCUUGCUGAAGAAUCUCAAUACUUCAAGUGUGCCGGCAGCUGCUUUAGAGGGGUCAAAGUUAAUUUACUGUUUACCUUCCAAACUGGAGAAUCUUUAUAUAACAGAGGAGGAUGCGAACUAUCGAUGUGAAGGUGUCUUAACCCCACUGUUAACAGACUACAUUGGGUGGAAAUCCGAGUCUACAAACUCGGCAUAUCCAAUGCCACUGAAACUUAUUUCUAUUACUUCAUUUCGCAGCUACUGGUCCAAACAGGCCGACACUUUGUAUAUCUUUUGUGAAGAGAGAGGAGUGAAACUCCAACUCAGAUACCAGCAUGGACCUGUUCGCAGUUCCAUCUUAGGCACACUUCGCUGUAUUGAUUGUCAGAUGCCCGCAGGCAGGGCUGCGUUGGUCACAUAUGCGCUGAUGAUGGGAAUGCAUGUGCUGUCCCCGGACAGAUUCCACAAGCGAGGUAGCUACACUAACAAGACAGGUCGCGAUCAAAGGCCUUUUGCCACACUGCGGAUUUCUUAUUCGGGCGAUAUUGUUGACCUUAAUCGGAAGCUCUAUGAGCAAGGGUUCUCCGUACACGAUGUUUUCGCUGUCCUUGAUCUGGGUUAUGAACUCUAUGAAAUUGGACUUACCCAGAAGAAAUUGGCUGAGUUUCAACAAAAAUGGCGGGAGCACUUGCAAGAGCAAUUUAGCGAGCACGAUAAACAUGUUGAACGACAUCGUAAAGUUGGGGUGGCUGAUAGGUGA